GGCAGUCGUCAGUCGCCGGUCGUCGGGUGGGGUGCGCGCCGAUCGUCUGUGUCACGUGGUGCGUGUGGUGGCCGUCGGUUGUUGUCACGUGGUUAGCUCCCUUUGGGUGGACCUCGGGAGCAAACAGUGCGUUUUCGUCGUGUGCCAGCGUGGCACACCUGUGUUUAACCAUCUGACGGUGUCGUGUCUUGCCGCCGGAGGCAGUGAAGUGUUCGAAAUCAACUGCAUCGACGUUUUUCUGUGAACCUGCAAUUGCGAGUACCAGCGUUGAUUCAGCUCACCGUGUUUAAUCUCGGGACCGAAGAGCAUCGGAACCCUCCGAUUUGCUGCCGGACGUUCUCGGUACCGUGGAUCUCGCGUGACCUCGGGGUCAGGUCACGGCCGGUGGCGAUGGGCCGGUUCCCGGCUCCCGGCCGCCUCUGGAGGGCCGGAGCCCUGCUCCUGCUGAUCCUGGCAGUAGUACACACCUCCUCAGGUGGUGAAGUGCGGAGGCGGCGGCGACGACAAGAUGAGAUCCCCGUCUUUCAGCAGAGGGUCUAUACUACGAGAAACGUCACUGCCAACACGCGCAACAAUACUCGACUCAUUACAGUGGUGGCGACCGGUCCUGCCAACAUUCGGUACAGCGUGGACAACCCGCGGCUGUUUCGGAUUGACGACGAUGGCAAUGUGUACACCAACACCAACGGUCGUCAGCUGAUGCAGGGCGGCCUGCUCAACUUCACCGUACUCGCCGUCAACCCAGAGCACAGCCAUCGUGCGGCCUCUGCGACCGUUCUGGUCAGCGCCAACCAGCCGCCCAAGUUCUCCGACCCGGCCUACACGGCCAAUGUCUACGAAAACGCCAAUGGAGGCUCACUGGUGCGCGCAGUGGCGGCGCAGGAUCGCGAUACUGACGUCAUCAGCUACUUCAUCCGACCGGAGCCGGGCGCGCCGGACGUUGAGGAGUUCGAAAUGUUCACCAUCAACCGCCAGACGGGCGUCAUCCGCCUGGUGACGAGGCCGUUUCAGUUCACCGAGGAGGACUACUCGUUCCUGGUCAUCGCACGUGACACGCACAACCAGAACGACACGGCAGCUGUGCACGUGCACAUUAUAGAUGUCAACAACAAUCGUCCGAUGUUCCCCGACUGCGAGAACUACCGUCCCGAGGUGGAGGAGAAUAAGCCCAGCGGUACGCCGGUGCUCACGGUGGAGGCGAUUGACGCGGACAAAGGCGAGAACGCUGAGGUCGAGUACUCGCUGGUCACCAGUCCCAGCUCGCCAGAGUCCUUCUUCGACAUUGAUCGCACCACUGGACAGCUCACCACUCUGAAGGUGUUCAAUCGUGACGAGCCGGACCACGAAAAGGAGCUGAGAGUGAUCGUCAAGGCCAACGACAGGGGCUCGCCGUCGCUGGAGGGCACCUGCGCCUUCGUCGUCAACGUGCGAGACGUCAACGACAACCAUCCCAUGUUCGACAAGUCGAGCUACCAGGAGUCGAUCCCUCGCGACACGGAGCUCAACUCUGCCGUGCUGCGGAUCUCCGCGACCGAUGCCGACAGUGACGAGAACGGAACCGUCGAGUACGACCUGACCUCACUGAGAGACGCCGAUGCCGGGUACUUCAGCGUCGACCCUCGCACCGGUGUCAUCACGCUAGUCAGGAGACUGGAAGGGAUUUCGAUCGACUACGACUUCCGUCUGACCGCGACGGCACGGGACCGCGGCGCGGACCCCCUCUCUGCCGAGGUGUCCGUCAUUAUCACCGUCAAGGACUCCAACACGCGGCCACCCACGUUCAUCCUGAGGCCGAAUCAGACGUACCACCUGCCGGAGAACUUCAGAGACACGGAGGCACCCAUCGCUCGCGUCAAGGCAGUUUCCAACUCUCCCGACAGUCCAGCCAUCUACUAUGAUAUCGUGGCCGGCUCCCAAGAGCAGACCAACAGAGACCGUACGUUUGUCGUGGAGGAGGACGGCGACGGUGGCGCCAUCGUCAAAUACGGAGGAAGUCGGCAACUCGACUACGAGAAGCUGGAGAGCUACAACAUUACUGUCAGAGCCACGACGGACCAGCAGACGGGCGCCGAGGUCACGUUCCGUAUCGACCUGGAGGAUUCCAACGACGAGGUACCCAUCUUCUACAACACGGACCCGGUGACGGUGCCGGAGAACUCUGAGCCGGGCACCUACGUCACCAAAACAUCGGCUAUCGACAAGGACGGCACGGCGCCCAACAAUCAGGUGACCUACCGCUUCGAGCCAAACUCGGAAGAAGAGAAGCUCUUCAGCAUCGACCCGAACACGGGCGAGAUCAAGACCCGGGAGCGUUUCGAUCGGGAAGACCUGUCUCGGCCAUCGCCCUUCUACACUGUCACUGUGGUGGCGGAGGACGGGGCGCCGUCAGGAAUCCGCAACACUUCUCGACCCAAUACAGUGAAACAGCGCAUCAAGGUGGAGAUUGGUGAUGUGAACGACAACCCACCCGUGUUCGACCCCAACCGGAGAUACAAGGCCACCAUAUCGGAACAGGCUAACAAGGGCGCCAACGUCAUGGAGGUGCUCGCCAGCGACCAGGACUCGGACUCGAAGAUCCAGUACCAGAUCACGGACGGCAACUACGGCGGCGUGUUCGACAUUGACUCCGACACGGGCAUCGUCAGAGUCAAGAACGCACUCGACUUUGAGCGAGUCAACACAUACAAAAUCACGGUGACGGCGUCGGACGGAAAGUACGAGGCCACCCACGCUGUGGACAUCAACGUCACCAACAUCAAUGACGUGCCUCCCGUGUUCGACAAGCCCAGCUACCAGCUGAAGAUGAGCGAGGGGCCGCGAGACUCCUCCGAGCCCAUCGUCAAGGUCACGGCCACCGACCCGGACCCGGUCUCCGGCGUCUCGUCGAUCGUGUACAAGCUCUCCGGACCAGGAGUGUUCCCCGACCACCCUGAGGAUGAUGUGUUCAGCAUCAACGAAAACGGAGAGGUUCUGGUACAAAAGAUUCUGGACCGUGACGAGGGCACCGGCGGACGCGAGGUCUGGGAGCUCUCCGUUCAGGCGUGGGACGAGGGCGGCAUCGGACAGGGAAACUCCGUACCGUUCACACUGACGCUGACCGAUAUCAACGACAACGCGCCAUACCUGGUCCAGAGCGAAGACACGCGCCAGGUGAUCAUGGAGAACAAAUCCCCCGAGGGUGUGGUCAUCCCCGUCGAGGCGGAUGACUUUGACGACCACCAGUGGAACGGCCCGCCCUACACCUUCGCCUUGGACCCGGACGCGCCCGCCGAGCUGCACGACAUGUUCUCCGUCACCACCGUCGAGCAGGAUAACCGUGCCGAAAUCCGUCCUCUGGUGUCGUUCGACCGCGAGAUGCAGAAGGAGUACAACAUCCCGGUGGUGGUCAGUGACCGAGACACGGCGUCACCGACCUCCCUGACGGGCACCAGUCUCUUCACCAUCAUCAUCGGCGACGAGAACGACAACGACAUGAAGGACGGCGUCAGCGCCAUCAGCGUCUUCAACUUCGAGGGUAAGAUGCCCGACACGGUGGUGGGCCGGGUGUACGUGGAUGACCCGGACGACUGGGAUCUGCCCGACAAGACCUUCUCCUGGCUCGAGGGGGAGGAGUACCGUCACUUUGAGCUCGACAGAGACACGGGUAACAUCACCAUGAAGUACGGCACUCCCAACGGCAGCUACCCGCUCAAGUUCCAGGUGUUUGAUAAGAAGUUCCAGAGCACCGUUUCUGCGUUGGUGACGGUCGAGGUGCGACUGCUGCCGCGUGAGGCCGUCACCCAGUCGGGUUCACUGAGGAUCAAGGAUGUCUCCGCUGCUGAGUUCGUCUCGCGCCCCGAUAAGGAUACACCCUCAAUGCACGAGCGCCUUAUCACGGAGCUGGCCCGGCUGUUCAGUACGGCGCCAGAGAACGUCGACCUGUUUGGUGUUGUGGAUAACGAUGACGGAGGCGUGGAUGUACGCUACGCCGCCCACGGCUCACCCUACUACGAGGCAGAGAAGAUGGACGGCAUUGUCGCCCAGAAUAGAGAUAUGCUGGAGACCAUGUUCGGCAUCAAGAUCGAACAGGUGGGCAUCAACGACUGCAUCUACGAACACACGUGCGAGGGAAGCUGCCACGCCGAGCUGAAGAUAUUCGACAACGAGGUGUACCGGGUGCAGACCAACACCUCGAGUAUCAUCGGUGUGAAGACGGAGCUGCAGUACAAAUGUAACGAGUGUGAGGCCAAGAUGGCGCCCGAAAUCUGUCUGCACGAUGGCCGCUGGAGUGACGAUGAGAAGAAGUGUGAGUGCGAGGCCGGUUUCCCGGGUCCCAACUGCCAGGGCGACACCAUCCACUUCGAGGGCACCGGGUACGCGUGGUUCCCGCAGCUGACGGCCUGCAACGCCUCCCACCUGAGCUUUGACCUGACGACCGUCUCGGAGGAGGCGCUGGUCAUGUACAACGGACCCAUUUCGGAGCCGUCGCACCUGGUGCAGGACUUUUUCGCCGUGGAUGUGAUGGAGGGCCGUCUGCGCGUGUUCAUGAACUACGGCACGGGUACGGCGGUGGCCAGUCCGGCGCUCAAGAUCAGCGAUAACCACAAACACCAUAUAGACAUCACCUGGGACCCGGAGACGAUGGUAGUUCUCAUAGACAGCUGCGUCGGCUCGUCCGAGUGCCAGGCCUCGGCGGCCGCACCGGCCGGCCCCGACGGACAGAAGAACUCCUUCCUGAACGUGGACACGCCGCUGCAGCUGGGAGGCUCGGCCGUACCGCUGGACCAGGUGGCCGCGGUGAUGACCUCCUGGGACCGCGUGCCCGGCUGGGGAGGCUUCACAGGAUGUGUGCAGAACAUGACCUUCCUGGACAGG